AUGCAGAGAACAGUCCCAGACUGCCCCCAGCUCUGUGCCGGGAGCCGAGGGCUUGCGGAGGCCCCAGAGGCCCACUUCCGGGAGCUGCUCUCUAGCAGCUGCUCUUCAGACUUGAAGGAAAACGGCGGCAGGAAGCUCCAGCACCGCCCCCCAGAGCUGGGUUUUAUUUCUGCGGUCCGAGCCCAUUCAGAGAUUUCACCGCUGCUCUGUUUUGUCUACAGGAUAAUGCGUCCGGAUGAUGCCAAUAUUGCAGGCAAUGUUCACGGAGGGACGAUUUUGAAAAUGAUUGAAGAAGCAGGAGCUAUCAUUAGUACCCGACACUGUAACAGCAAGCAUAGAGAGAGCUGUGUGGCUGCUUUGGCCAGGGUGGAACGCACGGAUUUCCUGUCCCCAAUGAACAUUGGAGAAGUGGCUCAUGUCAGUGCUGAGAUUACUUACACUUCAAAGCACUCAGUGGAAGUCCAGGUCACCGUAGCUGCGGAAAACAUCAUCACAGGUGUGAAGAAGGUGACCAACAAGGCGACGCUCUGGUACGUGCCCCUCUCGCUGUCGAAUGUGGACAGAGUGGUCGAGGUGCCUCCUCUGGUGUACGCCCGGAAGGAACAGGAAGAGGAAGGCCGAAAGAGAUACGAAGCCCAGAAGCUGGAGCGCAUGGAAACCAACGGGAAGAACUCGAGUGCCAUCCAGCCUGUUCUCAACCCAGAGCCCUAUACCAUCGGCUACAGCCAGUCCAGUUUGAUCCAUCUUCUGGGACCGUCCGAUUGUACUCUACAAGGCUUUGUGCAUGGAGGCGUCACCAUGAAGCUGAUGGACGAAGUGGCUGGGAUUGUGGCUGCUCGCCACUGUAAGACCAACAUCGUCACAGCUUCGGUGGAUGCCAUUAACUUUCACAACAAGAUCAGAAAAGGUUGUGUCAUCACCAUUUCUGGACGCCUGACCUUCACGAGCAAUAAGUCCAUGGAGAUUGAAGUCUUGGUGGACGCAGACCACGUCGUGGAUCAAUCCCAAGAGAGAUUCCGGGCCGCCAGUGCCUUCUUUACGUACGUGUCCCUGAGCAAAGAUGGGAAGACACUCCCGGUGCCUCCGCUUGUGGUAGAAACUGAAGAGGAGAAAAAGCGUUUCGAAGAGGGAAAAGGCAGAUACCUGCAGAUGAAGGCCAAGCGACAGGCCCAGCUGAAUUCCAUCCCUAAUUCUCCCUGAGCCUCAGAAACCCAGGGAAGGUGCAGCUGGGAAGGAAUUUGUUCACGUAGAAGUAACUCACUUGGCCAAAAAAACCAAUUCCCGUUGAAAACUGGUGUUCUGUGAAAUAUUUGUAAUGCGGUGUUAGCCUACAGUAUAUUCUGACAAUGUAUACACCAAAGCUUCUUUACAUUACUCCAGUAGAACUGCUUUAUGGUAUUAUUCCAAACCAUCUCAAGUCAUUCCAUGAAAAAAAAGUUGAAAAACUUCUGUGCACAUUGUAAGUUAUAUAAAGAAUACAAUGAUGUUAAUGAAGCA